ACUCUGGGUAUUCAGUCAUCUACGUUGUGCUGACAGUGACACACGGCACCAUGCUAACCGCGGCGGCCCUGCUCAUAAGCCUGAGUAUACUAGGCGUUCAUGGACAGAACCCACAUCUGGAUAGCAUAUGUAAGACCUCUUUCUUCAGUUGAUGACACGCGUGACAUUGAUUACGGAGACGACUACACCACUGACGCCCCUAACACUGAUUUUGAUAAUAACGACUGGCUCUUUGACCUCUUAGACGUGUCCCAUGCUUGUGAUCCAGACCCUUGCUUCAACGGUGGCUCGUGCCAAGUUCAAUCCGCCACAGCAUUCACAUGCCUGUGUCCUGAGCCGUACAUAGGGAAGAGGUGUCAAAGAGUGAGAAAUGUCUGCCAGAACGUCAGAUGUGGUCACGGUGACUGUGUCGUCAAUCUGAAGAAAGACCCUUUUUAUGAGUGCAAGUGCAAACCUCCCUUCCAAGGUCCUGACUGCAAGACAGCUCCAGUGUCUGCCUGUGAACCCAAUCCUUGCCAAAAUGGAGGCUCUUGCACAAAAGGGAACCGCCGCUUGCGCUGUCUCUGUGUUGAUGGAUAUUCUGGGAAAUUCUGUGAAAUUGCUGCCACUGACUGUUAUGAGGGAAAUGGAGAGACAUACAGGGGUGUCGUCAGCGUCACAGAUGAUGGGCAUGAGUGUCUGGACUGGCAUUCAAAUUUUAUUGUGAUGAAUGGGGACGAUCCUUUCUCCAUGUACUCAGACUUUACUGGACUGGAACUGAACAACCACUGCAGAAACCCAGAUGGGGAUGACAAGCCUUGGUGUUAUUAUAAGAAUCAAGGCAAACUGACAUGGGACUACUGCAAAGUCAAGACAUGCUCUGAAGCCACUCCACCCUCACCAGUCCAACCAGUGCCAGGCCCUGCACAGUUCUCCCAAUGUGGGAUAUCCCAGAGCCAGCCUGCUCGCAAUAGCAGGAUUUUUGGGGGCAGCAAGUCUCUCCCUGGUGCCCACCCCUGGCAGGUGUCUGUGCAGGUCAGACAGAAAGGCUCCACUGCUGCAUUUGGUCACUUCUGUGGUGGGAUCCUCAUCACAUCCUGCUGGGUCCUCACUGCUGCACACUGCAUUGAGCCUCACUAUGACUACCAAGUGGUGUUGGGAGGAGUGAACAUAGAGAAACAGGAGGAGAUGGACCAGACCAUCCCGGUCAUACAGACGAUUCCUCAUGAGAACUACAAGGACAACACAACUGCUCUUUACAACGACGUUGCUCUGCUUAAACUCCAAGUUACCGACAGCCCUUACUGCGCCAAGGAAUCCCGCUUUGUGAAGACAGCAUGUCUACCGGACCAGGUGUUCUCCGCUGGAAAGGAGUGUGUGGUCUCCGGAUGGGGAGCAACUGAAACACAGAGGUACAGCAGCCAGCUGUUGAAUGCUCGUGUUUUCCUGAUCUCUGACCAGCGAUGCAAAGAUCCCAGAGUCUACGGAAGUGUACUGGACAACAGCAUGUUCUGUGCAGGGACUUUGCAGGGCGGCAUCGACUCCUGUCAGGGUGACUCAGGUGGACCGUUGGUGUGUCAGCAGAAUGGCACACACUAUAUCACCGGUGUGGUGAGCUGGGGUUAUGGCUGUGCUGAGAGGAACAAGCCUGGUGUCUACGCCAACGUCAACGCAUUCACCAGCUGGAUCAAAAGCAAGAUCAACUGAACUGCACUGAUUCAUUAAUUACUGUAGUGUUUGCUGUUUGCCCGAAAAAGUAUUCUUUAUUUUGGAAAAAAAUACAGACCUCAGCUCAGUUUGCCUUGAAAAAAAGUUUAUUUUAUCAGCAUUAAAACCAAGCAUUUACUCCCAGCCCAGCUUUGAGUUAAAAGGGGCACUGAUACGAACUCACCAAGCUGAACCUGCCAGACAAAAUGUAGAUCACACAUGAUUCCAGUCGACCUAUACUGCUGUAUCACCGAGCCUAGCUCAAAGUGCACUGGAUUAGCAGACCUCGUAAGAAAACUUCAUGUUUUGCAUGGCUGUAAUAAAGUUUGUGCCUUGUGCAUUUGA